AUGGAAAAACAGGAAGAGAUAGACGAGGUGCAAUUUCAGUCACCUUGGGCCGAAGAUGGGCCUGCGCUAAAUGCAAGUCUUAGCCGGGUCGAGCAGCAAGUCCACUCCGGUGUUCGGGGAAUGCGAGUCUUUUUGGGCCCUAGUAUCCGUAGACCAUAG